AUGGACUCUAAACAAACUCCCAAUAUGAAUAGGAAUCCUUGUGAUAAUAAAAUACAGUUGAGGAUUGACGAAAGAGCUCGGGAACUGAAAAGAAAGGAAGAGAAGAUUAGACAGAUGGAGAUGACUAUUCUUGAGAAAUUCGAAAGCAUCAAAUGGUUACAGAGUGAGAUAAAAUCUCUCCAGGCAAAAAGGUUCGUAGAUGUUAAGGAACAGCCAAGUAAAUCAUAUGCUGGGGUUGGUGAACUUAAGAAACAUAUUGAUUUUGAAGUGGACAUGAAUGGAAAACGUUUUGCUUGGCAGGGUAUUGUAAAGCUUUAUUUCAUUGAUGAAGCUCGCCUUCUUGCGGAGGUCGAAAAAAUUGAGCACAUAUUAACGGAGAAAGCUUGGGUUGUUUCUAUGGAAUUGAGAAGAUAUGAAAAGACAUACGUGGAGAAUGAGCUGGAUUUAUCUGUUGAGGAUAGGGUACAAAUGGGAGAUUGA